GACAACAUGAAGAAAACAAAAAUAUGGAACGGGCCUUGUGUAACAAGGGAGACACGAAAAUAAAAAGAAAAGAGAGGGGGGAUCCCACUAUUUUUUGGCCGCCAGAGUGGGCGGAGCUUCUUGGCCUGUCGUUUCUAUAAGAAGGGACGAUGGAAGCGCACGGGACCGUCAUUCAGAGUCAGUUCGGGAGUGCAACAACAAGUCGGCCAUUGAAAUCAUUCAACCAAAUUAAAAAUUCAUUUUUUUCGAAAUAAGAAACGCCUCAACAUUGAAAAGAACAAAACAAAAGGAUUAACAAGUGAAACUCGUUGAAAAGAAAAGAGCAAAGAAAAAAAUGGUGAAAGCUCAUCGUCAUGCGAUUUCAUCGUCGUCAUCGAGCAGUUCGACUGCGACUGUGCAGCACACGGAUCCGCUACGCGGAGUGAUGGCCACCAAAGAGCAAGUGGAAAUCCAAAUGUACCUGUCCAAAUUGAAAGAGUUGGUGCCGCACAUGCCCAAGAAUCGCAAAGUAUCCAAACUGGAAGUGAUCCAGCACGUCAUCGACUACAUCUGCGACCUGCAGAGCGAACUGGAACAAAACCAUCCGGCCAGCCUCAACCGCAAUCGGAGGAAACACGCGCGGCGGGGGCCCACCUCCGACGCUUCCAACGCGACGUCGUCGUCAUCGUCUGCCGCCACCAUUUUGAUGCAACAUCGGCAACCCCUCGGUCUGCUCGCAUCCAUUCCCAACACAUCCAUCGAGGUGAAUAACACGACAGCGGAUAACAAGAACAUCAGUGACGUCAUCGUUCCUUGUUAGGAUUCCCUCAAACUUCCAGUGUGUGUGUGUGUGAACGGGCGAGGCGGAGCCCAAAUGAAAGGAACACAAUUUCUAAUAAAAACUCUGCAAGUAAAAUGUUUCAAGUGGACAAACAAAGGCAACACACAACACCACUAGUCCUCGAAUUUCUCUUUUCAUUUCAUUUUUUUUUUCUAAGUAAAAAAAAAAAAAAAAUUCAUCAAUCACACACACACACACACACACCUAGUGGCUAUGUGGAGAGACGCAAAUGUUUUUAUUUUUUAUUUUUCCCUAAACCCUCCACUUUGCUAUCAAAUUAAAAGUGAAAAGAAAAAAAAAAAAAAAACAAAAAAAAAAAAAAUGCUAAAUAUAUUCUAUUAUAUUUGUUUCGUCUGUGAUACCUUCCCCCCCCCCCAUCCUCCUCAUUUCGGUAGAUAGUCUAGGAAUGAAUACGAAAUUGACCCACCAAACCACCUCUCCCUACUUACUCUGAUUGUGUACAUUAUUU